GGGGCGCAAGGCACCAGGAGAAGAGGCGGGUUAGGAUAUCUGAGUCAAGACCUGAGAUCAUACAUUAGCAAUGACACUGGAGACUAAAGGUGGACUCCAUGGUGGCCCUGAGGCCAGCGCUACCCCAUCUCCACUGUCCUCUGCCACCAGCUGUACAGCUUCUGUGAGGGGUGAGGUUAAUAAACUGGAGGAGUUAAUUUGUGGAGCAUGAAACAGAUGUGCAGAACAGUCAUAGCACCUUAAUUUCCCCAACGUGCCCAAGAACAGAGCAGGCCUGAAGAGACUCAAACAGACACAAACAUGUGCCGCGUCAUUGAUAAUUCUGUGUAGACACACACCUGCCAGACACUGCUCAUGGCGCUCCCUAGGAAGAACAGCAUGAAGGAAAGGCUGCCAAAGUUCUUUAUGUAAAAAUUACAUCAAUGCUCUCUUCCUCGGUGCUGCCUACGGUGGUGGCAGCCAUCUCUUCCUCCUCAACAUGGCCUCCCUCAGACUCCUCGUGAAGCCUAAGAUCAUCAAGAAGAGGACCAAGAAGUUCAUGCGGCACCACACAGACCAAUAUGUCAAAAUUAAACAUAACUGGUGGAAACCCAGAGGUCUUGACAACAGGGUUCGUAGAAGGUUGACGGGCCGGAUCUCGAUGCCCAACAUUGCUUAUGGGAGCAACAAAAAAACAAAACACAUGCUGCCCAGUGGCUUCCGGAAGUUUCUGGUCCACAACAUCAAGGAGCUGAAAGUGCUGCUGAUGUGCCACAGAUCUUACUGUGCUGAGAUCACUCACAAAGUUUCCUCCAAGAACAACAAAUCCAUCGUGGAAAAAGCCACCCAGCCGGCCAUCAGAGUCACCAACUCCAAUGCAAGGGUGAACAGCGAAGAAAAUAAGUAGAAAGCUCAUGCAGAAAAACAUGAGGCCAUGUUUUGUGUUUAAAUAAAACCAUAAAAAUUGCCAAAAAAAAUUACAUCAAUGCCUCCAAACCCAAGGAUUCCACCCCCACAGGUCUCUGGUUGUUGUGAUGAUUUUCAUUGACUAAGAUGUUUUCCACAUCUUUUGACACCAAGUCUUUCUGCAGCCAUGUUUGAAAAUUAACUUUCAGACUAUGGAGUCUUUCUUUUCUUCUUCUUCUUUUUUUUUUUUUUUUUUGAGACAGGGUCUUGCUCUGUCGCCAGGCUGGAGUGCAGUGGUGUGAUCUCAGCUCAACUCACUGCAAC